CCCAAGAUGGCGGACCGGCGGCGGCAGCGCGCCUCGCAGGACAGCGAGGACGACUCGGACUCGGCCGCCUCCGACAGCGCCGACUCGGCCGCCAGUGCCGCCCGCUCCCGCUCGGGCUCCGCCUCUGGCUCCGGCUCCCGCUCGGGCUCGCCGCGGCCGUCGCACCGCCCGCCGCGGGGCGCCGCCGGGGCCCUCAGCGCCGGGCCGCGGGGCCGCGGGGCCGAGAGCGCCGCGGGGGGAGCGGCCAAGAGCGCGCCCGAGUCUGAGUGUGAAAGCGAAGAUGGCAUUGAAGGAGAUGCUGUACUCUCGGAUUACGAAAGUGCAGAAGACUCGGAGGCAGAAGAGGAGGAUUACAGUGAGGAAGAAAGUGCCAAAGUGGAAUUGAAGCAGGACAGUAAUGAUUCCUCUGAAUCUGCAGCAAAAGCAGAGAAAGGGGAUGAGAAGCCUGACUCCAAAGGUGCUGUAACUGGCGAGAGACAAAGUGGCGACGGGCAGGAGAGCACUGAACCCGUUGAGAAUAAAGUUGGGAAAAAAGUUCCCAAGCACCUGGAUGACGAUGAGGAUCGUAAGAACCCAGCUUAUAUCCCGCGCAAAGGGCUCUUCUUUGAGCAUGAUCUCCGAGGGCAGACUCAGGAGGAGGAAGUCAGGCCAAAGGGUCGGCAGCGGAAGCUGUGGAAAGAUGAGGGCCGCUGGGAACACGACAAAUUCCGGGAGGAUGAGCAGGCCCCCAAGACCAGGCAGGAGCUGAUUGCACUUUAUGGCUAUGACAUCAGGUCAGCUCACAACCCUGAUGACAUCAAGCCGAGGAGGAUGCGCAAACCAAGGUUUGGGAGUCCUCCUCAGCGAGACCCAAACUGGUCCAAUGAGAGGCCAAAUAAGCCCCCAAGACACCAAGGCCCAGACAGCACUUCAGCUCCACCGCGAACGUUCACCAACAGGAGCUCUGCAGGUACAGGGAGAAUGCCCCCACCUAGGAACUAUCCGCGAAUGGGUGGCUACAAGGAAACCCGCCCAAGCUACCGGGCUUCAGAAGCAAGUGUCCAGCAUCUCUCUCGAAAUGGUGAGCAGGCCAAACAGGAAAGCAAUUAUCGAGUGAAGCGUGUGGAGCAAACCCCAGCGAGAGACAAGUCACCUGAGGCAGAAGUGGCACAUGUCCACAGCAGCCCUGUGAAGGAAGAGGUUACUUUGGAAAGCCAGGCCACGACUGCUGAUGCUACACAGCCACCACCAGACAGACCAAUUGAAAAGAAGUCUUAUUCCCGGGCAAGGAGGACCAGAAUUAAAGCUGGGGAUGCAGGGAAGUUGGCAGAUGAAGUACCUGCUUCAGAAGGGCUGACGACUGCGCCACCAAAACCUGUCCAAGUGGAGACAUCCCCCCCACCAGCCAAGAGCAGUAAUUGGGAGUCGCCAGUAGAAUCCAGCUUGGAUGGACUCGAGCAAGAGAUGACACAAAUGAAUCUCACUGAGCAGAACUGGGCUCCAGGGCAGUCUCAGUUCAUACAGCCCCGGGAGCUUAGGGGUAUUCCUAACCAUAUGCACGUGGGAACUGGCCAACCACCUCAGUUUAACAGGAUGGAGGAAAUGGCGGUGCAGGGGGGCCGUGUGAAACGCUACUCGUCGCAGCGGCAGAGACCGCCCGUUCCGGAGCCUGCCCCGCCUAUGCACAUCAGCAUCAUGGAAGGGCACUACUACGACCCACUACAAUUCCAGGGACCAAUCUACACCCACAGUGAGAACCCUGCCCCGCUGCCCCCCCAAGGGAUGAUCGUACAGCCGGAAAUGCACCUCCCUCAUCCAGGUUUACAUCCCCACCAGACACCAGCCCCAAUGGCAAACCCGGGGCUGUAUCCUCCACCAGUCUCCAUGCCUCCAGGUCAGCCCCCUCCACAGCAGCUGCUUGCACCUACCUAUUUCUCCCCUCCUGGAGUCAUGAAUUUUGGGAAUCCUGGUUACCCUUACCCGCCAGGAGCACUACCCCCGCCGCCCCCUCCUCAUCUCUAUUCCAACACACAGGCCCAGUCCCAGGUGUAUGGAGGGGUCACGUACUACAAUACUGUCCAGCAGCAAGUGCAGCCCAAACCUUCUCCACCACGAAGGACAUCCCAGCCUGUCACUAUCAAGCCACCACCUCCUGAGCUUCUCGUUGCAGGUGGUAAGCAGGGCUCCAGUUAAUUUGAGUUUCUAAAUACUUUAAAUCUAAACCCACGUAAAAAGACAGCAAAAGUGAAAAAUCAAAGGAGAGGAGCAACACGUAGGGAUGUGGCCGUGGGAAUCCCAACACCAGACUUGGCACCUCAGCAAGGAGGAAGCUCCUUGGAAAAGGCUCCUUCCCUGUGCGUAGGUGAGGCAGCAGCCUGAAAUCUGCUGCACCGUCUUGUGCUCAGGGCCAGGCACCUUCCCUCUCCGGUUUUGCUGGUGCCCUCCUGAAAACCAUAUCUCUUGCUGCUGAUGAUCUGCCCUCCUUUCUCCUUCCCUCACUGGGGCACAGAGGUCAUUGAAGAAUCAACCACAAGAGUCGGUCCUUGGCCACAAGUUCUCGCAACUUCUCCCUUUUACUAAACGUCUGCCCUUUUCCCUUUCUAGGAUGUUAAACUAAAAUGCUUGAUUGUGGUCUCUGUUUUUAUUUAAGAAAUGAACCAGCUCCUUCAGUAAAGCUGAUUUGUUUCUUUUGGGUAUUUUGAAUUUGUUUGUCUGGCUAGCAGAAACGUAACGUCCCCCUACUACUACCCCUUCCCCCCCUUUUUCCCCCCCUCACAAAGACAACUGAUAAGUUAAUUCUUGUUUUCAAUUCUCUUUUAAAUUAGCAAGUUUAUUUCUGCCAUUGUUUAAGGAUAGGAAGGGCAGCUGAGUGUUAGGAGUCUGUCAGGAACGCUCUGGCUGUGCAGUCACCACUUAAUUUAGAAGCUCCUCCUAUUUCUUUUUUGGAACAAACCCUGUUGGUAACUGUGGUGUUGGCAGUUUCUGUCUGUGUGUAUGCAGGCUCUCAACUCGAAUCAGACAGGAAUCCGUGUGCACGAGCACAGGGCAAACCCCUUCCCCACCGUUACAAGUGCACCUGGCAGAGCUGGGGGAGAUUUCCUCCCACCCAGCAGACCUCUGCUAAGUCAGAGGUGGAGAGUAGACGUUUACAGGCACCCAGGCAUCUCAGCAACUGUCAGAACAGCCCUGCCAGCAGACAAACCAGCUAGACGGGACGAGCACAUGAAUGAUCUGCUUCCAGCGCUUGGGUGUUGCUGCUGUGGAAGUGGAAGGUGCUGUUCUAACCUGCUCUGACGCGUGCAGCAUGGUCCCUCUGAUCCCUGAGGAGGAAGCGCUCCAGCCAGGCGCGUACGAUCGCAUAACCAGGUGCCUCCCUUGGGGACCCUGGUGGCCUUGUUCCCUGCGUUAGGAUUCUCGAGCCAAGCUGCCGAGGCAACUGGCACUGCAGUGCUGCUGUUGCCAGGCUGCUCGGGCUCCCCGGCCCUGCUGCAGCGACACGCUGCCUCUCUGCAGCACCGAUCCCGCAGGCGCAUCACCAGGCGGAGCAGCCGCGGCUUCCAGUCACGCUCGGGCUUGGCGAUGUCCUCGCAGCCGUUUGCAAAUUGCAUUAGGAAACUUGGCACCGAGGCUGCUAAUUCCUGCCGUUUGCCCUGAGCACGUGCUGGGGCAGCGUGUGGAAGUGCCAGCUGCUGGCGCAGGCCUCUCAGCAAGAGUGGGAAAGUUAUUCCUUCCAAGCAAGUGGCAUCUUGGCCUUCGAGUUCCCAUCUGUGGCAAGGGAAGGGUGCCCAGAGCGCCCACCUGCCUGCUUUCUGGUUGAGAUCUUCUUGUGCACGCCUGGCUCUCCAGCAGAAAUACCUUCUUUGUUUGUGUUUGUAACUCAAUGACCUUUUGUACUUAAUUUCGGAUGUCAAAUGACAUUUUAAAAGCAGAAAUCCUUUAUGUUUUAAAUGUACCUGUUUCUCUGCCUUAAGGCUGAAGUGUAUUGUUUAACGUAUCGGUCGCAUGACUGAAAUCCUAGACCUUACAA